AUGGUCCGUCUGAGGGAGAUCCCAAGGACGGCCACCUUCGCCUGGUCUCCUGGGGCUGCAUCGCCAUUGAUCGCCACCGGAACACGCGCAGGUGCCGUCGACGUCGAUUUCUCCAACAAGACAUGUCUUGAACUGUGGGAUUUGGGCUUGGAUCGCCAGGACGCUAGUGAGGAGCUACAGCCUAUAGCUAAGCUUGACACCGACUCUGGCUUCAAUGACUUGGCUUGGACCGAGUAUGAUGAUACGAAACGUGGUGUUAUUGCUGGUGGUUUGGAGAAUGGCUCGUUGGAUCUGUGGAACGCCGAUAAGCUGCUUGCCAACUCCAGUGAUUCGUUGAUCUCGAGAACCUCGAAGCACUCCGGCGCUAUCAAGUCCCUCCAAUUCAACCCCAAACACUCCAACCUCCUGGCAACUGGAGGUGCGAAGGGCGAGCUCUACAUUUCAGACCUGAACAAUAUCGAGAAUCCUUUCCGAUUGGGAACCAAUGCGGCUCGCACAGAUGAUAUUGAAUGCUUGGACUGGAACAAGAAGGUUGCUCACAUUCUGGUAACCGGUAGCAGUGCCGGCUUCGUGACCGUUUGGGAUGUCAAGACUAAGAAGGAGAGCCUGACCCUCAACAACAUGGGCCGCAAAGCUGUCAGCGCAGUUGCCUGGGACCCCGAGAAGCCCACCAAGCUGGUCACCGCUACUCCCCUCGAGUCGGACCCCAUGAUCUAUGUCUGGGACUUGCGAAACUCGCACGCUCCGGAGCGGACUCUCAAGGGCCAUGAAUCCGGAGUGCUCUCGCUUGCAUGGUGCGAGCACGACCCCGAUCUCCUGCUGUCCUCCGGUAAAGACAACCGCAAUAUUUGCUGGAACCCGCAAAUCGGUACCCCCUAUGGCGAAUUCCCCGUUGUCACCAACUGGACUUUCCAGACUCGCUGGAACCCGCACAACCCCAACUUCUUCGCUACCGCAUCGUUCGACGGAAAGAUCUCGGUCCAGACCCUCCAAAACACCAAGACCGACGAUGCGCAGGCCAUUGCCGACCAGAACCAGUCCCUUGACGGUGAGGACUUCUUCGCUAAGGCCCAGACACAACCCCAAGUCUCCAAGUUCUCCCUCCCGAAGCCUCCACGCUGGCUCGAGCGUCCCUGCGGUGCCUCUUUCGGCUUUGGUGGUCGCGUUGUCUCCUUUGGUGCCUCUGAGAAGGACUCUCGCUCAUCGAAAGUCAAAAUUACACCCUUCGAAGUUGAUGCGAGCGUUGGCAAUGCUACCGAGAACUUUGAGAAUGCUCUGAAGGAAGGUGACCUCCGCAGCCUUUGUGAGACUCGGGCGGCUAGCGCUUCCAGCGAGGAAGAGAAGGCUGAGUGGAAGGUCAUGCAAGCUCUGCUUUCUGACAACCCCCGCAAGGGCCUGGUGGAGUACCUUGGCUUCCAGGACUCGGCUGAUGAGGCCGCUGACAGCUUAUCGAAGCUUGGUUUGGACAAGAAGGAUGACGAGGAGACCAGCGAGUCGACCGAGAAGCCCAAGUCAAAUGCCAAAAAGCACAAGCGCCUGCAAUCCAUGUUCGAUGCAAACCCCGACAGUGACAAUUUCCUGUCCGAGCUGGCUGCGUCGAAGGGUGCUCAGACCAACAAUCCUUUCCAGAUCUUCAACGGUUCGGAAAGUGAGGCGGAGCAGAAGAUCACCCGGGCUUUGCUUCUCGGAGAGUUUGAGAAGGCCCUCGACGUGGCUCUGCAGGAGGACCGCUUAUCUGAUGCUUUCAUGAUCGCCAUCUGUGGUGGUCAGAAGUGCAUCGAGAAGGCACAGGAGUAUUACUUCUCCAAGCAGGCUGGUGGACCCAACUACAUGCGACUGCUCGCCUCCAUCGUGGGCAAAAACCUUUGGGAUGUGGUGCACAACGCCGACCUUUCGAACUGGAAGGAGGUGAUGGCUGCACUGUGCACUUUUGCCGACGAGAAGGAAUUCCCUGACCUCUGUGAUGCUCUCGGUGACCGCCUCGAGGAGCAGGUUCGCAACACUAAUGAUAAGGCCGCUCGGAAGGAUGCCUCAUUCUGCUUCUUGGCUGGCUCCAAGCUUGAGAAGGUGGUGGCUAUCUGGGUUGAGGAGCUGCGCGAGAAUGAGCAACGAGGAAUCGAUACCGAUGCGGACAACUCGACCUUUUCCAUCCAUGUUCGUGCUUUGCAGGGCCUGAUCGAGAAGGUUACUAUCUUCCGCCAAGUCACGAAGUUCCAGGAUACGGAACGCACCAAGGAUUCGGACUGGCGCCUCGGCACCUUGUACGAGAAGUAUAUUGAGUAUGCCGACGUUGUGGCCACCCACGGCCGCCUUCAAGUUGCGCAGAAGUACCUUGAUCUUGUGCCUGAGAAGCAUCCCGAGGCUGAGGUGGCUCGCAACCGCAUCAAGUUCGCCAUGAGACAGGCUCCUCAGAAGGCGCAGGCCGCGGCCACCGCAAGGACUGGCGGCUUCAAGCCUCUCCCCACUCAGCCCAGCCUUUACCAGCCGCAGCAAACCUUCACCCCGGCAGCUCCUGCGGUUCCUGCGCCAAGCGCCUACGCAUCUCCCACCCAUGCUGUUGCUCCCCAACCGCCUGUGAACCCGUAUGGUCCCCCGGCUGCCGCGCCCUCUCAGCCCCCCAACCCUUACGCCUCGAUUGCCGCUGGUGGUGCUGGCUACCAGCCCAAUGCCGGAUACCAACCGACUCAAACCAUGAGGCAACCGGCCUACGGUCCAUCGACUCCGUUUGGUGGACCGGCCGCACCCGGUGGUGUACCUCCUCCUCCGCGUGCCGGCACCCAAUCGCCGGCCACCAAUAUAACCACUUAUACCACUGCCACUGGUCUUCCUGCGUGGAACGAUCUUCCCGAGGGCUUCGCCAAGGCUCCCACAUCGCGCCGUAGCACCCCUGCCGCUACCGCGGCCAUCAGCUCUCCGUUCCCUAACCAGUCACCUCCCCUGGCCCAAGGCCCUCCGCCUCCAGGACCGCCUCAGCGGGCACCGUCUGUUCCUCCCCCUCCUAAGGCUGGAACUCUUCCCCCGCGCGUGACAUCGCCCUUGACAUCGAGCAUGGCCCCUGGACCGUCCCCACCGCCGCCUGUCAACCCGUACGCCUCCCUUCCCCAGUCCCCGCCAAUGGCGUCGGGUAUGGCUCCUCCUACGGCUUCAAUCCCCAGGGGCCCAUCGCCGUACAAUGCCCCGCCCAGCAUGCCUCCGCCCACCAACCGGUACGCGCCUAACCCAGCUGCUCAGGCUUCAAGCCCGCAAAUGCAAACUCGCGCCCCGGUGGCACCUCCUCCUCAGGGUGCUCCGUCGCCGUAUGCCCGUCAACAAGCAAGUCAGCCACCAGCGGCCAACCCAUAUGCGCCUGGCCCCGGUGCUGCCGUUCAGCCCCCUCCCAUGGCCGCCCAAGUCCCGCCUCCGCCCCAGGGGCCUCCGCAACAGGGAUCUCGUCCGCCCACGGCGCAGUCUCAGCGGGCACCUCCCCCCUCAACCCCCAAGUACCCACCCGGUGACCGCUCUCACAUCCCUGCCAAUGCCAUGCCGAUCUUCGAGAUCCUCUCAACUGAUAUGGAGCGGGUCAAGGGUCGGGCCCCGAGCUCCUUCAAGGCCCAGGUUGAUGAUGCCGAGCGCCGCUUGAGCAUCCUCUUUGACCACCUCAACAACGAGGACCUACUCAAGCCCAACACCAUCGAGGACAUGACCAACCUGUCCCGUGCAAUUCAAAACCGCGACUAUGAGACGGCCCGCAAUAUCCACGUUGACAUCAUGACCAACCGACUUGACGAGUGUGGUAACUGGAUGGUGGGUGUCAAGCGUCUGAUUAGCAUGAGCAAAGCUACUCCGUGA